CAGCAUGUCCGUCGCCCCCUUCGUCCUCACGCGGCCCGCCUACAGCCUGCUCAACACACUCAACUUCCCGAUCACGACGACGAACCCGGCGACGGGCGUGGACACCCUCAGGGGCUUCGUCAGCAUCGUCGUCCCCAUCACCGUCCUGCUGGACACGCUGCUGGAGAGACGACGAAGGGAGCCGCUCAUUUUGUAUCAAUCUGCACGUGCAGCCGCGCAGUUUCUGCUUCUAAACAACAACUCCGCCGCACACUGUGCAAAGAGCUUCAGCGAGGACCAGGCGGGCGUGUACGGGGCCCUUGAGAGGCGCAUCUCCUCCAACUUCGGCGUGGACGGAAGGGCGUGCAUCCUGAGGUUCAUCUGCGAGUUACAGCGCAGACCCAUCAGCGAGUGGACGGUGGCCGGGCAGCUCCUGACGGUGCUCUUCACCCCGCGCCUCGGAGGAGGAUCCUCGGACAUGGAGCUCCUCAAGGAGUACUUCACCGCGCAGAGGCUGGGUCUCAAGGACGAGGUGGACUGCGAGGCGAUGUACGGCACAUGUCCCGUCAGCGUCUUCCGGUACUUCGACUCCCUCAAGAACAUGACGGCGAUGCAAGACGAAAACUCACAGAAGAAGCUCUACGAUUUGCAUGUCUUGUAGAUGGAGGCGAUCGUCACUUGUUUUGUAUCGAGUUCACGGUGUUUUUUUAUACUGUUGUUAUUUAUACUAUUUAUUGUCUAAUGCGCUUUCGUACUUUAUUUAAUUUAU